GAGCCCUCUACAGGGACGUCAUGCAGGAGAACUACGAGGCGGUGACCUCGCUGGGGUUUCCUGUUCCCAAACCUGAGUUGAUCGCCCGGCUGGAACGAGGGGAAGAGCCCUGGGUACCCGACCUCCAUGCCGGGGAGGAAAGACAGAUCCUGAGAGGCACCCGCACAGCAGGUGAGGAGACCGUGAGUGAGAAUCAACAGCUGGAACAUCCUGGGGAAUAUGAGAGAAGCCACAGAGGAGAGAGACCCCAUCAGUGCUCAGAAUGUGGGAAAAGUUUCAUACAGAAGUCACAUCUUGUUUCACAUCAGGCAAUCCACUCGGGAGAGAGACCCUAUAUGUGCUCAGAGUGUGGCAAAAGUUUUAUACGGAAGUCAGCCCUUGUUUCACAUCAGACAGUUCACACGGGAGACAAACCCCAUAAAUGUUUAGACUGUGGAAAAAGUUUCAUAUGGAGGUCAGUACUUGUCGCACACCAAAGAAUCCACACAGGAGAAAGACCUCAUAAAUGCUUAGACUGUGGAAAAAGUUUCACAUGGAGGUCAGUUCUUGUUGCACACCAGAGAAUCCACAUAGGAGACAGACCCCAUAAGUGCUCAGACUGUGGAAAAAGUUUCAUACAGAGGUCGGAGCUUGUUAAACAUCAGAUAAUCCAUACUGGGGACAGACCCCACAAAUGCUUAAUCUGUGGGAAAACUUUCAUACAGAAGUCAGAGCUUGUUAAACAUCAGAUAAUCCAUACUGGGGAGAGACCCUAUAAGUGCUUAGACUGUGGAAAAAGUUUCAGAUGGAAAUCUGACCUUGUUAGCCAUCAGGCAGUCCACACAGGAGAGAGACCGCAUAAGUGCUUGGACUGUGGAAAAAGUUUCAUACAGAGGUCAGAGCUUGUUAAACAUCAGGCCAUCCACACAGGAGACAAACCCCAUAAGUGUUUAGAUUGUGGGAAAAGUUUCCUGCGGCAGUCUGUACUUAUUAAACAUCAGGCCAUCCACACUGGAGAGAGAGCCCAUAAGUGUUUUGACUGUGGGAAAAGUUUCACAUGGAGGUCAGCCCUUGUUUCACAUCAGAGAAUCCACACAGGAGAGAGAUGCCAUAAGUGCUCAGACUGUGGAAAAUGUUUUCUUCGGAGGCCCGACCUUGUUAGCCAUCAGGCAGUCCACACAGAAGAGAGACCGCAUAAAUGCUUAAGCUGCGGGAAAAGUUUCAAGUGGAGGUCAGCCCUUGUUUCACAUCAGAGAAUCCACACAGGAGAGAGAUGCCAUAAGUGCUCAGACUGUGGAAAAUGUUUUCUUCGGAGGCCCGACCUUGUUAGCCAUCAGGCAGUCCACUCAGGAGACAGACCCCAUCAGUGCUUAGAGUGUGGAAAAAGUUUCAAAUGGAGGCCCGUACUUCUUAGGCAUCAAGCAGUCCAUACAGGAGAAUUCCCCCAGGAAUGAUUAGACUUUGAGAAGAGUUUCAUACAGAGAACAAGGCUUCUUAUACAUCCAUCAGCCCACACAGGACUGGGGCCCUGUGCGUGUUUGGGCUUUGGUAAACGUUUAAAAAACAGAUCAGCCCUUGUGUUAUAUCAGAUGGUCUAUCUUUGGGUGAGACCCACUAAGUGCUUGGUCUGUGGCUAAAGUUUCACACAGAUCACACAUCGUUAAAUCAUUCCUCCUUAAUGAGGAGUCCUGUGGCAUUUUAAAGACUAAGAGAUCUAAGCUGCCACAGGACUCCUUGUUAGUUUUGCAUAUCGAGACCAACAUGACUCUCUCUCCAAGAGAGUCCCCAUUAGAUUGACUUGAGCUUUGAGAUGUCAACUUGUAUUGUUAAAAAAAUGGCAGAAGAUAGCAGCGCUAUUGGUCAAUUGCAGUUAACUCACGCAAAUAACUCAAAGAAUCAAUUGGGAUUAAAAAAACCUCGAUCUCAAUGAAGCACGUUGUUAAACGAUGGAAUACCAAUUGAAAUAUGUUAAAUGUUUUCGGAUGUUUUUCUGUGUUUUCAAAUAUAUUGAUGGUCUUCCAGCAAGGAAUAGAAGGUGCACAAUACUCAGUUUAUACUUUGUUUAUUAGAAAUAUUUAUCUCCCUAUCUUCAGGGGGUCCCUUAUCCUGCUUUCCUAAUACUGGAAAGCAGGAUAAGGCUAUGUCUACACUGCCGGUAUUUUUUGGCAGAAGAUAUGCAAAUUGCGCUCUCAUUUGCAUAUCUUCUGUGGAUCCUUUUUGCGGAAGAUGUUUUGCCCAUAAAAAUCCCAGUGUAGACUGGGCCAUUAGUCAGAAAAACCUUUUUUGCAAGAUCCCAUAACCCUCAUUUUUUGAAGAUAUGCAAAUGAGAGCUCAAUUUGCAUAUCGCCUGCUGAAAAAAAACUUCAUCCCUGGGACAGCUGGUGUUGGAGGCCCAGUCACUGCCUGGGUGUGUGUGUGUGUGGGGGGGGCAAAUCGAGCCCACCACCCUAUGUUCUAGAGGCUGAUGUCCUAGCCCUGAGUUCCCUUGAGAUCCUAUUCCACUGCCCUACCUUCAGCAGGUCCCUUCGGAGGAUCGCUUUGCAUAAACAUGAGAAAGAAAAUUAGUGUUUUGGAGUCCACCUCAUAGAAGUACUGUAUUGCAAUCUUUAUCAUGAAAGUAUCAUUUAAAAGCGUCGAUUAUUUGUUACCCAGGCUCAGUCCCCUCAUCAAACAGUUUGUUUCUUUGUUUAGCUCAAUCGUAAUAAAGUUUGUGGAUGAAACCAAGCUGGGAGGGGUGGCGAGUGUUCUGGUGGAGUGGGUCAUAAUUCACAAUGAUCUAGACCAUGGGUUCCCAAACUGGGGGGCAUGAAGAAAUUUCAGGGGGGGGGGGAGGGGAGGGGACCCAACCCCCCGCCCCUUUCAAUUCCCCUUCCUAAGUUUUGCUGCUAUUUUUGUUUUUCGGUCCUGGUUAGUUCCUUUGGGU